AUGACGAAACUUUUCGAGCCCCUCAAAGUCGGUCGCAUGGAGCUUUCCAACCGCAUAACCCUAGCUCCUUUAACCCGCUUCCGCGCCGACGACAGCCACGUCCCACUCCCCUUCGUCAAAGAAUACUACGCCCAACGAGCCUCGACCCCAGGUACCCUCCUUGUCAGCGAAGCAACAUUAAUCACAGCCCGCGGAGGCAGCUACCCUAACGUACCCGGCAUCUGGAGUGAAAGUCAAAUUGCCGCCUGGAAGGAAGUUACCGACGCCGUACACGCGAAGGGCUCCUACAUCUAUCUCCAGCUAUGGGCACUUGGCCGAGUCGCACAGCCAGACGCAACUCAAUCAAAAGACGAUUUCGUAACAGUGUCCAGCAGCGCGGUACCCGCUGAGGCCGACGGCCCCGUGCCGCGUGCGCUAACGGAAUCCGAGAUCCAAGAAUGGAUCCAGGAUUACGCGCAGGCAUCGAAGAAUGCCAUUGCGGCCGGGUUUGACGGUGUCGAGAUCCAUGCUGCCAAUGGCUACCUGAUUGAUCAGUUCACUCAAGAUACUUGCAACAAGCGGACGGAUCGGUGGGGCGGCAGCGUGGAGAACCGCGCUCAUUUCGCCGUUGAGGUUACCAAGGCUGUUAUUGAGGCCGUUGGUGCGGACCGGACUGGUAUCCGGUUGAGUCCUUUCAGCCCUUUCCAGGGUAUGCGGAUGGAGAACCCGUUGCCGCAGUUCACUUACCUGGCGGAACAGUUGAAGCAAUUGAAGCUUGCUUAUGCUCACGUUGUUGAGGCCCGGAUUUCCGGUAAUACCGACGUUGAGGCGAGCGAGAACUUGGAUUUCUUUUUCAAGGCUUAUGAGAAGGCUGGCCCUAUCAUGGUGGCUGGCGGUUACAAGCCUGAUUCAGCGCGCGAGGCUGUUGAUGUCCAUUAUAAGGAUCAUGAUGUUUUGGUCGCCUUUGGUCGGUCUUACAUCGCCAACCCUGAUUUGCCCUUCCGGGUGAAGAGUAACGUUCCACUUACGCCUUAUGAUCGUGAUAUGUUCUACCGGCCCAAGGACCCUGUUGGUUAUAUCGAUUAUGAGUUCAGUGCUGAAUACAAGGCUACUCAGGUUGCGGCUUAA